UCUUGUGUAGAAAAUAAUGAAAUUUUGUAAAAUAGUUUUCGUAAUGACCCUUUUAAUAUUAAGCCAGUUUAAGCAUAGUCAAGGCAAAAAUUAUCACAAAACUGUGGCAAAUAAAGAUUUCGCCAAACCUUUGAAAGACUUUUCGAAAGAACAUAUAAUUUCUCUAGAACAACAAAGCCUAACCGAUGCUAAAAACAACAACAACUUUCCACAACCCGUUAUAAACGAUUCUACAGGGGAACAUAAUGUUGAUUCCCGCAAUAAAACAACAAAACUCUCAAUACAAGAUACCCCAACAAACAUUCAUGAUUUGUCCAAGAAACUUCUGUUCAACAAAAAUACGUUAAAAUUAUCGAAAUCCCCAUCACUUCAAACAUCCAGAAGCAAUGAAAUCAAUGGACUCUAUAAACCCAUAAAUUCUCAAAAAGUCUAUUGUCAUCAGAUAAUAAAAAGUGAUCUGAAUACUCAAGGCAAUAUAAUCGAUAGUGUACAACACAUUUGUCAUCCUCUACCUAAACAAACAACAUCAGUUAAAACUUUAUUUAGACACAACUUAAAAACUACCACUUCUCCAACUUAUACCAACAAGGAAAAACGUUUUGAACGUUUGGUAAACUCUACACCAGCUAGAGGUUACAAUUGUCGGCGUAUUAUGAACAGUGAACUUAAUGAGCGUGGUGAAAUUGUCGACACUGUAACGAAGGUAUGUGACCCACCUACCACCACAACUACUACGACUCGGAAACCGACAGUGGCAACCACAACUAAGGCUACAACUACUACGCCAAAACCUUUGGUUAAGGUCUGUCGGCCCGUUAUGAAUAGUUAUUUAAGCGAGGAAGGUGAAAUUAUAGAUUCGGUAACGAUGGUUUGUAAAAUGGAGAAGGUGGUCUGAAUAAACAAAUAAAUAUACAUUUUAUGAGGACAA